AUGCCACAGAAUCUGAAAAUAGAUGAAGAUGAUGAAGAUAGAGUUCCGGCUGGAAAAUCUUGGGCUAUUAAGAUGAAGUCUGCAGAGGUUAAGGAUUUGCUGGUUAGCCUCUGUGAUUUGUAUGCAUCGUCAUCAGGGCCUCAAAGUUCAAGCAAGGGAAAAUCUAGAAGUGGAGGGAGCACUCUCAGCCAAGGCAUGCUAGAGAAAUACUUUCAAAAACUAUCAAGAACAGAUGAACUUUCAAAUCCUUCAUCAUCGAAGAAGAGGAAGGCCAAUGUUGAUAGUGAAAGUUCAAAGAGAACAGAACUUGAAGAAGUGUUGGAAAAUCUUCCUUCAGACCCUGCACGUCGAAAGCGUAUUUUGGAUUAUGAUCCAAAUAUUCGUGAUCAAGUUAGACGAAGUUAUCUGCUCAAGGGUCCUUGUCAACCUCGAAACCAUAAGUUUCCCCAAAGAGAAAUAAAUGGAACUAAACGGAAGUUUAACUCUUCCUGGUUUGAUGAUCAUUUGGAGUGGCUAGAGUACAGCAUAGAGAAAGAUGCUUUAUUUUGUCUGUGUUGUUAUCUUUUUAAACCAGAACAUGGUGAUCAAGGAGGCGGCGAUACAUUUACUGCUAAAGGUUACAACAAUUGGAAGAAUAAAAAAGGGCUUAAAGAUCAUGUUGGAACUACCAGUAGUGUUCAUAAUCAAGCUCUAUUGAAUUGCCAUGCUCUAAUGAAUCAGAAGCAGCAUCUUGAAUCAGUUAUUAGUCGUCAAGUGGAAACCUCUAAGCAGGACUAUUAUACUCUUUUGAAUGCUUCAAUUGAUUGUGUUCGUUUCUUGUUGCGACAAGGUCUUGCUUUCCGUGGCCAUGAUGAAUCAGAAUCCUCAAACAACAAAGGAAACUUUCUAGAACUUCUAGAAUUUCUUGCUGAACACAAUGACAAUGUGAAAGCUGUCGCCUUUGAAAAUGCUCGAGGAAAUCUACAGUUGAAAUCACCUGCUAUACAAAAAGAUAUCAUAAAUGCAGCUUCUGUUGAAACUCUUAAUACAAUCAUGUUUGACAUGGGUGAUGCACCAUUUUCUAUUCUUGUUGAUGAAGCACGAGAUCAUGCAGUAAAAGAGCAGAUGGCAGUUGUUCUUCGAUAUGUAGAUAAUAAAGGUGAAGUAAUUGAAAGGUUUGUCGGCAUCGAACAUGUGAAAAGUACUGAUGCACGGUCCUUGAAACUUGCAAUAGAUGAGCUAUUUUCCAGAAAUAGGUUGAGCAUAUCAAAUCUUCGAGGACAAGGCUAUGAUGGGGCUAGUAAUAUGCGAGGUGAGUUCAAUGGUCUUAAGGCACUUAUUUUGAAAGAAAAUAAUUGUGCAUUUUAUGUUCAUUGUUUUGCACAUCAACUUCAACUUGCUCUUGUUGCUCUAGCUAAAAACCAUGUUGCAGUUGCUUCAUUUUUUUUCUUAGUCAGUAGAGUGAUUAACCUUGUUGGAGCAUCAUGUAAACGUCGUGAUCUUCUUCGAGAGCAACAACAAAAUGAACUGUUAAAAGCUCUUCAAAAUGAUGAGCUUCAAAGUGGAAGAGGACAGAAUCAAGAAACUACUCUUAAACGUCCGGGUGAUACACGUUGGGGGUCACAUUAUGGUACAUUACUGAGCAUUAUUUCUAUGUUUUCUUCCACAGUUAAGGUGAUUCAAAUGAUUAUGGAAGAUGGGACACAUGAUGAUCAAAGAGGGGAAUGUAAUCUGUUGCUAGCACAAAUGCAAUCAUUUAAUUUUAUAUUUUGUUUGUUUUUAAUGAUACAAGUGUUGGGUGUGACGAAUGAGUUAUCACAAGCAUUACAAAGAAAUGAUCAAGAUAUUGUCAAUGCUAUGGAUUUAGUUAAGGCAAGCAAGCAACAACUACAAACUAUGAGGGAGGAAGAAUGUGAAUGGGAUAAUUUCCUUGACAAGGUCUACUGUUUCUGUAACAAGCAUGGUGUCAAGAUUCCCAAUAUGGAUGAUCUUUUUGUUGCUCAAGGGAAAUCACAACGUAGGGCUGAAAAGUUGACAGUCAUUCAUCAUUAUCGAGUGGAUAUCUUUUAUUCUGUGAUCGAUAGACAACUUUCAGACUUGAAUGAUCGUUUUAAUGAGGUAAACUCUGAGCUUCUAAUUUGUGUUUCAAGUUUAAGUCCAGAUGAUUCAUUUUCUGCUUUUGACAAGCAAAAGUUAUUUCGUCUUGCUCAAUUUUAUCCAAGAGAUUUUUCUGAAAGAGAUGUGUUAUCACUUGAAGACAAGCUUCAUAUUUACAUUAAUGAUAUGCGAUCCAGAAAUGAUUUUUGUCAACUGAAAGGAAUCAAUAGUCUUGCAAAAAAAUUGGUGGAGACUAGAAAGCACAUAACACAUGCAUCAGUCUACAAGCUUCUAACUUUGGCUUUAGUUCUACCAGUUGCAACAGCUUCAGUGAAAAGAGUAUUCUCAGCUAUGAACAUUGUGAAGAAUCCACUUCGUAAUAGAAUGAGAGAUCAGUGGCUGAAUGAUAGUUUGCUUGUUUAUAUUGAGAAAUAUAUGUUCAAUAGUCAAACCGUGGAAAUGAUAAUUGUGAUAUCUAAUGAUCAGAAGAAGCUUGAAGAAGAACGCAAAAAUCUGCAUGUUCUGGGCAUAGCAAAACUGACGAUAAAAAAUUAUGAGGCGCUCGAUCUUUUCCGGCGACCAGAUCAGAUCGUAGGUCUUCAAAACAGGGUUGCCGGAGUUGAGGCCUGGACGGGUUUCGGCACAGACAGUGAGAGCGUGUGCCGGUGGAAGGGGUGCGCGUGGGAUGGAGAGGAGAUCGUAGUGGAAUGCGACAGAAGAGGUGAGGUUGGGGGAGAGUUUGAGGAGGGAAGGGACAGUGAGGAGGGGGAUGGAGCAUUGAUUGCGAUCGGACAUGAUUCCUUUGAUCAUACGGUUGUAGGUGACGCUGGAAUAGCUGAGCUCGAGGGCCUUGGCAAGUCAACUAAUGGACAGAAAUAUCCUUGUAAAAUAGUUAGUUGGCAGUUCACGUAA